UAACUCCGACGUAGCGAAAGUUGUGAAGUAAUUGGAAGUGUGAAGAGUUCCGACAAGAGUCCUGACCAGCUCUCGGAGGCAAACCGCCGCCACCCGAACCACAUUCACCCGUUCGUGCUUCAGGAACAAAAUCACUGUUUGAGUUCCACCAGUUUCUGUUGGUUUUUAAGUGGCGCCCCCCUGCCUGAUCUGAACUCGCCUUCGGUUUCCUUCUAUAGCUAUAUUGGAAUCGAUCAGCUCACAGAUUUUCAUUCCACUCGAGCGGAAGCCCAUCUUCGAUCUUUUCGCGGCAGUAAUCUCCUGCUUCUCAAGCUCCUUAUCAAAGACCGAUUGAUCUACGCUUUCCCUAUUUUGUACUCGGCCCUUGAUUGGUGCUGUUGCAUGGACGUGCUUUCUCCGCGUGCAAUUUCCGAACUUAACGCCUCUGUAAGGACCUUGGAGCCAACGAUGUCGAACUCUCCAGCCCUCGUGGCAGACAACAACAGCACUACCCCGCGCACGAGGUCCAGACGCGGAGGUAGAGGCCGUGGUGGCGAUCGCAGUCGUUCUCACAGAUCUGCACCACAGACACAGGCACAGGCACAGGCACAAACACAAUCUCAACAACAAACGACAGCACACCCGGCUACGAACCCCCCAUUGCAACAGAACGAACCUUCUGCGACACAGACUGCGCCCGACACAAACCAUCCACCAAGAGGACCGAGGGGAAGCCGAAGAGGGGCGAGAGGCGCAGGCGCACAGUCGAAUGGAGGCCGACGACAUGGUCGAGCACGCGGCGGUGCUGACCACUCAGCGGUCACUACUGGGGGGCGAAGAUUCGAGGGUCGACUGACCAAACCAGAGCAGUCAGAGGAGACUCAAGAUGUCGAUCCCCAGAGCGCAGGCGCGGAGGACAUUGCUGGAUUGAGAGCAGAUGCGCCAGCAUUCGUCCCAGGAGGGCCAGCCGGAGAUCUACCUCGACAAAGUGGACGUGCUCCUGCGAGUGGAAAGGGCAAAUCGAAAGCGAAAAACCCAAGCCAGCCUCGAUCCGCGCCCCCUCCGCCUGCGCCCAAGAUUACGACGAAAUCAUCGGCACCGGACAUUGCCACUCGAAUCCACGAAGACAUCGCUCACAACCUCUACGAAUGUCCGAUAUGUACAUCUGAGUUGGGCAAACGGUCUCGUAUCUGGUCCUGCGGAUUGUGCUGGACGGUUUUCCACUUGAGCUGUGUGAAGAAAUGGUCGAGGAACGAAGGCGCGGCGGCUCAAGAUGCGGCGCGUCGCCGGGGCGAGGAGGGCGAAAGCAGCGCUCCUCGUGCUUGGCGCUGCCCGGGCUGUAAUCUGCCGCAUGAAGUGUUUCCUUCCUCUUACUCCUGUUGGUGUCAGAAGGAGGCUGACCCACGCUCAUUUCCUGGUCUCCCGCCCCAUUCGUGUGGACAGACCUGCGCGCGAUCGCGAAAAGGUUGUCCACACCCUUGCGAUGCGACGUGCCAUGCUGGUCCAUGCGCUCCUUGUACUGCUAUGGGUCCGACCCAGGAUUGCUUUUGUGGGAGGAACUCAUCUACGAAGCGUUGUCAGGACACCGACUACGAUAAUGGAUGGAGCUGCGGCGAGAUAUGUGGUGAUCUGCUACCUUGUGGUGAGCACACCUGCCCGCGGCCGUGCCAUGAGGGCCUCUGCGGUGCCUGCGAGGUCAAAGUCGAUGCGCGCUGCUAUUGCGGGAAAUCGCAGUCUGAGAUGCUCUGCAGUUCCAAAGAUGAGGAGUUGGAUAGUGAAGCCCUGCGCAUUAGCGAAGACGACGGCGGGGGGGAGCUUGAAGAAUGGGUUGGAUGUUUCAGUUGUGGUGAUCAGUGCAAUCGACAGUUUGAUUGUGGGCUACACUCGUGUCAAAAGUCCUGUCACGCCCAGGAUGCGCAUCCCGCUCAUUGCCCCCGAUCGCCCGAUGUCGUGCUUUUCUGCCCGUGUGGGAAAACAUCUCUAACAGACGUUGCGGGUUAUUCGCCCCGAACUACUUGCGAAGACCCCAUUCCCAAUUGCUCGAAGCCUUGCGGGAAGUCCUUACCAUGCGGACAUUCCUGCGAGCAAGUCUGCCAUACCGGACCGUGUGGGCCUUGUUUGCAGAAAGUCACGAUCCAUUGCCGAUGUGGCCGCAAUGACUUCCGGACGACUUGUUUCUCGGGAGACUUUGAGCCACCUCAAUGUUUCCGUAUAUGUAAAGCCGGCUUGCAUUGCGGUCGCCAUGCGUGCGCGGAGCGCUGUUGCCCCGGCGAACAGAAGGCAAUCGAGCGUCAGGCUAUCCGGCGAAAGCUCAAAUCCCAUCUUCGACCAAGCGAUGAGGAUUUUGAGGCUGAACAUAUCUGUACCCGGGUCUGUGGCCGUAUGCUGAAAUGCGGGCGGCACACAUGCCCGGAGAUCUGUCACAAAGGGCCCUGUAACACUUGCAGGGAGGCAAUAUUCGAAGAGAUCCCGUGUAACUGCGGUCGAUCUGUCUUGUAUCCGCCUCUGCCCUGUGGGACACAGCCUCCAGCUUGCUCACACCCCUGUGAACGCGUUAAACCGUGCGGUCACCCGCAGACGCCCCAUAAUUGCCACACCGACGAUGAAAAUUGCCCGAAAUGCCCGUUCUUGACGGAAAAGGCGUGCCUGUGCGGCAAACGUGUGCUGAAGAAUCAGCCGUGCUGGCUUGCAGAUGCACGGUGCGGACAGAUUUGCGGCAAGCUCCUCAAGUGUGGCUCUCAUACUUGUAAGGGAAACUGUCAUCGACCGGGUGAUUGUGAGGAUGCUUCCCAGCCUUGUCAGCAAGCUUGCGGGAAGACUAAGUCGCUGUGUGGUCACCCCUGUUCUGACCAGUGUCACGCUCCUUAUCCGUGCCCCGAGAAAACCCCCUGUUCAUCCAUGGUCGCAGUAACAUGUAGCUGUGGACGACUUCGACAGGAGCGACGUUGCAAUGCAGCCAAGGCUGUUGUGACCAAGGGCCACCUCCAGCAGGCGCAGCGACUUCCAUCGGCGUCCCCGCUGGCGUGCGACGAGGAAUGCGCCCGCCUCGAGCGUAACCGUUCUCUGGCGUCUGCGCUUGGCGUCGAUAUCAACCCGACGACGACUGUUUCUCAGGCGCUCACCUCCACCAACCUACCCUAUUCCGCUGAAACUCUCGAUAUUUACCUCCAGCUUUCAUCGUCGUAUCCUCUAUCCACUCUACAGUCCUACGAAUCGACCCUCCACAGCCUCGCCACGAACAAGAAUCCAGCAAACCGCUCCACCCGCUUCCAACCCGCCAAAUCUCCCCUCCGUGCCUUUGCACACUCCCUCGCCGCUGACUGGGGCUUUGCCAGUGAGAGCUUCGAUCCGGAGCCUCAUCGCCAUGUGUUUGUUCUCAAACCCACUGCCUGGACUCCCCCCCUUCUGGGCAUGGGAAACGGUACCACCAUUGGUAUUGGCGGUGUGAGCGUCGGGGAAUGCGUCAAGUUACGUGAUCGCCAACGCCUCAAGGAACAGGAGGAGCAGCGACUCGCUGCAGCGGAAGCAAAGGCCCAGCGCGAAGCUGCACGGGCCCAGCAGAAUGCGAACGGCGAGGGCGGCUGGGCGCAGGUCGCAGCUUCAAAGAGAAGUAACGGUCUUGGUAGCUCGCGGAGCAGUACGCCUGGUCUCCAAACACCUGGUGGCAGUUCUUGGUCUACAACUAUGUACUCUGCUCUUGCGGGUGACGAUGGCAGCGCUUCAUGGAAUUCCCCCGCUCCGUCCCAACCUCAAGCUAAGAAGGAGAAAUUGGUGUUGCGGUCGGGUGUGAAGCAAGUGAGGACUUCCAGUGCGAUUCUUGAUGCGAGUCGUGGCGAGUCAGUGCGGGAUCCUAAGUCGGAUGGAGAAAAGGAGGAUGCUUGAUCUAUCGGCUUGCUGGAAGAGCCACUUUUAUCUCUUGCAUACGCUAACAACCUUCGAAUGAUGCCAUGUGCGAGGAAAUGACCUCUUCCGGACUUACUUCAAUCUCUCGGUUCCCCUUACCAUUCGCUUUGACUACUUGAAAACGUUCACGACUUUAAUGUUUUUCGCUGCUAUUCAGCUUUUUCUAUGGUUAGCGUGCAUAGCUGGCCGGUCGUGUGCUUAGUUAGAAAGACCAAAAGUCGAUAGAAUCGGGAUUUGGCAAAUCAAUGUCACUCUGUG